CUUCAACAAUUUCCAACACCAUCUCAAUCCCAACUCACGAAAUUCGACCUGAAAAGCAAAAAAUUACUUCAACAAUGGGAUGCGACUGUUGCGGUCCACCGGCUCCAGCUCCAGCCACUGAGCCGGUUGCUGCACCAAUCGCGGCUCCAAUUGAGGAGACGAGCAGUUGCCAGGAUUCUUGCUGCGAUAGCGGUGACAGCGACGCCGAGCCUCUCGAGACCAAGGACCCGGGUCAGGGAGAGCCCAACCAGGAGAAACCGGACGAUUGCUGCUCCUCUGGCAAAUGCGCGGACGACAAAGCCAAGGAUGAUACCGACGCGCCUGAUUGCUGCCGUGGCAAGGUAGGCCCAUGUUGCGACACGUCUUGCCUUGACCGCUUGGCUAUGCGGGAAUGCGAGAUGAGUGCUGUCGCUGCCCCCGGAGCAAACGCCCAGACAAAGACUUGCAGUGGAGCUGCCGACGGCAAGGCAUGCAGCCAGCAUAGCACCUCCGCCCUCGACCGCUAUGGCGCCACUCUCCAGGCUCUGGGAUGCAUCUGCCGUGCUCUCAUUUCUCUCGGCCAGGAAACCUGCUGUGAAAUUCGCGAGCGCCAUUCGCUGGACGGGAAGCAGUGCUCCAAGAAGUCGUCUGCUCGCUCCCUUCUUCGCACUUCGCUGGAUUCCUGCAGCAGCAGCGGCUCCGUCACGCAGGACCAGGCUGCGCAGAACCGCCUUCGCCUGUGCAAGGGCUCUGGCGAAAGCGUCAAAUCUAUCAAGAAGUCAUCUACGGUUGCCUGCGCACGCUCUUGUUGCUCCAAGGACAAGCCCGCCAAAGAGCCUUCCAUCAAGGGCAAAUGCUCCAAGUCUUGCUGUUCAGAGGGGAAACUUGCCAAGGCUCCAUCCAUCAAGCAAAAUUGUGCCAAAUCGUGCUGCUCCCCUGACAAGCCUACCAAGCCGCCUGUCGCCGACACUGGAUGCCUUGACUCUUGCUGCUCCGAGACUGAGCGUUUCGAAGAAUCCCCUCCCAAGGUCGGCUGCCCCGGAUCUUGUUGCCCCGGGGACAAGCGUGUCAACGACAAUGAUACCAAGAGCAUCUCUGCGGUCUCAUGCUAUUCGAAGGUCAAGCCCGUUGUUGAACCUCCACCUAGUGGAUCUGCAGGAUCUUGUUGCGGAACAGACAAGAUUGCGGUUGUCAAAGAGACCCUCGAUGCCGCUUGCGCUGGUUCUUGCUGCAAGCCACCCAAGCAGGAUAUCGUCAAGGCACCAAAGACUAGUUGUGCGGACUCUUGCUGCUCGGAAAAGCGACCGGUCAGCUCUCAGGGCUCUUGCGCCGAUGCCUGCUGCUCCUCUGCUGCGCCUGAUCACAGGUUGGAGGUUGAGAAGGCCCCGAUUCAGUCUAUCACCGACAUAGAGAACCAGGGUACCGGCAAGGAGCAUGUUGUUCUCAGCAUUUCCGGCAUGACUUGUACUGGCUGCGAGACAAAGCUCAAUCGAACUCUCGCUACAGUUCCCGCUGUCAAAAACCUGAAGACGAGCCUAGUUCUCUCACGAGCUGAGUUCAACAUCGAUCUUCGCCUGGGCUCGGUGGAAGAAGUCGUGAAACAUCUGGAGCGAACGACCGAAUUCAAGUGCGAAAGAGUACAGAACCAGGGAUCCAGCCUGGAUCUUAUCGUCCCCCAUGAGCCCUCAAAAUUCAUGAGUCAGACAUGGCCGGAAGGUGUCAUUGAUAUGGCGUUUGUGGACAAGCAGACCGUACGAGUUGCGUUUGAUUCGAAGAUUGUGGGAGCCCGAGAUCUCGCCGAGAAGAUCUGGGGUCCGCCAAUUGAACUUGCUCCGCCUCGUGGUGAUCCUUCUCUGGAGGCUGGGAGCAAGCAUGUCCGUCAUGUUGGAUGCCUGACGCUUCUCUCCGCUGUCUUGACGAUUCCUGUUCUUGUCAUGGCAUGGGCUCCUCUUCCCGAGCGGGAUUUGGCCUAUUCCUCGGCUUCACUCGCGUUGGCUACCAUCGUUCAAUUUGUUAUCGCAGGACCUUUCUACCCUAAGGCUCUGAAGGCGCUUGUUUUUUCCAGAGUUAUCGAGAUGGACCUCUUGAUCGUCCUGAGCACCAGUGCUGCCUACAUCUUCUCUGUGGUCUCUUUUGGGUACUUCGUCGCAGGGAAACCCCUUUCGACUGGACAAUUCUUCGAAACGAGCACUCUCUUGGUCACUCUGAUCAUGGUUGGCCGAUGGGUUGCAGCUCUCGCUCGCCAGAGAGCUGUUGAGUCCAUUUCCAUCCGGUCACUCCAGGCAUCGACAGCCAUCCUUGUCGACAAAGAAAGUGGAACUGAACGUGAGAUCGACGCCCGACUUCUUCAAUAUGGCGACACAUUCAAGGUUCUUCCAGACACCAGGAUUCCGACCGAUGGCACCAUUGUCACCGGGUCUUCUGAGGUCGACGAGUCUAUGCUCACGGGUGAAUCCAGGCCGGUGGAGAAGUAUCCCAAAUCGGUGGUGAUUGCUGGAUCUAUCAAUGGACCUGGAGUCAUGACUGUUCGGCUGAACCGUCUGCCUGGUGACAAUACCAUCCACGCCAUUGCUGCGAUGGUUGACGAGGCCAAACUGUCGAAGCCCAAGUUACAGGACCUGGCAGAUCAGGUAGCAUCCUACUUUGUCCCCGUGAUGGUGGCGUUGACGAUCAUUACGUUUGUCAUAUGGGUCGCAGUGGGCAUGACUGUCCGUGGUUAUGGAGGAUCUGAAGCUACCAUUCAGGCCAUCACCUACGCCAUCACUGUUCUCAUCGUCUCUUGCCCAUGUGCAAUUGGAUUGGCUGUUCCGAUGGUCAUUGUGAUUGCCAGCGGAGUUGCGGCGGAACGGGGUAUCAUCUUCAAGUCCGCGGACACUAUUGAAGUCGCCCAUAAGACUUCGCACGUCGUGUUUGACAAGACGGGAACUUUGACUCGAGGAAAGCUCUCCGUUGUUGGAAACGAGUGCGUCGACGAGGACAAACUUCCGCUUCUUCUGGGUCUGGUUGAAAACAGUCGACACCCGGUUUCGGUUGCUGUAGCUGCCCACCUCAAGGACAUCGGAAUCAUGACUUCGACUGUUCCUGAGCCGAAGAGUUUGACUGGUAAAGGUGUCGAAACCACCCUAGGCGAUCAGAAACUUCGAGCUGGCAACUCUCGCUGGCUGAAUCUGUCGGACCAUGAACUCGUCCAGCCGAUGCUUGUUCAAGGCUGCACUGUGUUCUGCUUCACGAUCGACAAUGAGCUAAAGGCUGUCUAUGGACUUGAGGACGAACUUCGACCUGAUGCUGCGGAAACGGUUGAAACCUUGCAGAAGCGUGGUGUCUCGGUACAUGUGGUUUCUGGCGACGAUGACGGAGCCGUUCGCACCUUGGCAUCCAAGCUUAGCAUUCCUGGUGACAAUGUGCGCUCUCGAAGCUCGCCUGCCGACAAGAAGGAUUACAUCCAGACUCUCCUCGGUACUGCCACAGAUCGCAAGAAGCCGGUUGUCGUUUUCUGCGGCGACGGCACGAACGAUGCCGUUGCUCUCGCGCAAGCUACUAUCGGCGUCCAUAUGAACGAAGGCACAGAUGUCGCUCAAUCCGCUGCGGAUGUUGUUCUCAUGCGUCCUUCUCUGGCUGGUAUUCUGACCAUGAUGAACGCGAGUCGGAAAUCCGUCAACCGCAUCAAGUUCAACUUUGGGUGGAGUUUCGUGUACAACACCUUCGCAGUUCUUCUUGCUGCCGGUGCCUUUGUCAACGCAAGGAUUCCUCCAGAGUUUGCGGGACUGGGAGAGUUGGUGAGCGUGCUGCCAGUCAUUGCUGCCGCGGUGCUUCUGCGCUGGUCGAAGAUCUAGACUCAGAGCGCCAUCAUUGCACAAGUGACGACGGCUGAAGUUCCACAAACUCUCCUUGAUAUCCGACUGGAAUCGUUGUCACCAAAGACGGGAUGCAAUAGCUCCCAUCGUUGUCGAAUUUUGAAUCGUAUCGCAGAGUCCUGCAGUCCUGUCGCUAUCGAUCGUUCCAUGGCUUGCUUCAGUAUCAGAGAAGGCUCCUUUUAGACAGUCUUGACACCAGCCGUAUCGUUCUACACAUGUCCUAUCCCAUAGGACGCACUCUUAAACAACCACGACUCCUCGAUAGAUUGAGUUGCAAAGGGGAUUCUGUGAAGGGGCUCACAGUUUCUCAUCUUGGCUUCAUUCUCACCGUUGAAGAAGUUUUAUAUAACUAUCUAUAGCUGCCUUUCAUGAUUGGUUUGGAAUCUGUGGCAAAAUUUCCAGCUAAGAUCCAGAUAUUAAAUAUUACACUCGCUUACAGGCG